GAGAGAUGCGGGCGCACUCGGGAUGGGAGAGGACGCGUUGAGGAGGCAGCCCGCUCUCUAACUAUGGACAUUCUGUCUUCUAGUUUUUGGAAUAAGGACUUAAAAGACUUUGCAUAUUGCGUUGUCUCUCUCCUUCUCCCUCUCCCUCUGUGUCUCUCUCUCUUUUUCCAAAGAAGAGACUUACAUGCAGGAGGUGGAAGAUCGCAGGUAAGGAGAGGAGAAAAAUGCAAUUUGCAGCAGAUUUCUGUAGUAAAAUAUACGCUUAGAUCCUAAUGGGAUAUUUCUACAUUUUAUUUCCGCACAUUUUAAUUUUUUAAAAGACAUACCUUGACUAAAGAAAAAAAAAAAAGACUCAAAAUGGAUUUCUUGAAUAGUUCCAGCCUGGAGGACGGGAUACAGGCAGAAAAUAUCUCCUCUAAUUCUACCUCUCAGAGGCAGUACAGCCAGCUCGCUAUCUGGGCUCUGGCCGGACUUGUCAGCUUUCUGAUUUUGUUUACAAUAGUCGGGAACGUCUUGGUUGUUAUCGCCGUUUUAACGAGCAGAGCUCUGAAGCCACCUCAGAAUCUUUUUCUCGUCUCCCUGGCCAGUGCGGACAUACUGGUGGCCACCCUGGUCAUGCCCUUUUCUCUGGCAAAUGAACUCAUGGGCUACUGGUUUUUUGGCAAAAUUUGGUGUGACAUCUACCUGGCUCUGGACGUUUUAUUCUGCACGUCUUCUAUUGUUCACCUGUGCGCUAUUAGUUUGGACAGGUACUGGUCAGUGACACAGGCAGUCGAGUAUAACUUGAAGAGAACGCCUAAAAGAGUGAAAGGGAUGAUUGUGGUGGUGUGGCUGAUCUCAGCUGUCAUCUCCUUUCCACCGCUGAUCUCAAUGGACAGGAGCAGCAGCGAGGCCAGUCCCCAGUGUAUCCUGAAUGAUGAGACCUGGUACAUCCUCUACUCCAGUCUUGGCUCUUUCUUUGCCCCCUGUGUCAUCAUGAUCCUGGUCUAUAUUCGGAUCUACCAAGUGGCAAAGACCAGGACCAGAACUAUGUCAGAGAAGAAGAGGGACGUGGACUCGCCGCUGGAGAAUGGGAUGGACCAAGCUGAAGCAGGCCGAGGAGGGUCAUUAAAGUCCAACCCGGACAGGAGCACGAAAGAGCAGGACCGCGAGAACGGACACUGCAAAGAGCAGGCAGUCCGAUCCCCUCUGGCCAACGAGCCCAAACACCCACCGACAGACCACGACGACGACUUUGACGACAGCAGCUCUUCAGAGGGGAAACCGAAGAAGAGUUCCAGUUCCUCCAAACAUCACCGUGACGACAUAAAAGACAGGAAGUCCAGCCGGAAAAGUAGCUCCGCCUCUAAAUACUCCAGCAGGAAGUCGCGUGCCAGUUCCAAGUCUAUGGAGCUGUUCUCGUCUCGCCGUAAACGCCGGAGCACCGUCAAUCGGAAGAAAGUCUCCGCCGCUCGGGAGAAGCGCUUCACCUUCGUCCUCGCAGUUGUCAUGGGCGUUUUCGUCGUUUGCUGGUUCCCGUUCUUUUUCUCCUACAGCUUGUAUGGAAUCUGCCGGGAGCCGUGCCAGAUCCCCGAGACGCUGUUCAAGUUCUUUUUUUGGAUUGGCUACUGUAACAGCUCGCUAAACCCAGUCAUCUACACCAUCUUCAACCAGGACUUCCGCAGAGCCUUCCAGAAGAUCCUCUUGGCACGUACAAUAGAUUGGCAUCACGAGCAAUUUGCUCUCCCAGCCAUGUGUUCGCAUGUUCCACUCCCCUCUGAGAAAAAAGAUGGAAUACAGAGGUACUGCUGAGGUAUUUGUGUGUGUGUGUGUGUGUGUGUGUGUGUGUGUGUGUGUGUGUGUGUGUGUGUGUGUGUGCGUUCGUGCGUGCGUGGAAGAGCAAGAGAAGGCAAAGUACAACAGUGAAACUAUGUGUUGAUAAAAAUGAGCCGGAGAGUUUACCGCAUCUUAUCCAAACUGCUAGUUAGUGAUUGUCUGUGUGUGUGUGUGUGUGUGUGUGUGUGUGUGUGUGUGUGUGUGUGUGUGUGUGUGUGUGUGUGUGUGUGAGCCUGCUUUCUUAAAUGGCCUGAUUUCUUCUGGUCAAGUGUCUUUCUAUUCUCCACCACCCUCUUUUCUGUCACACAUCUUUUCUCUACCUUACAGCCAGAAAAAGCACUUGGCUACAGAAAAAGCAAAACACCUUAUCACUCUGUUUUAUGUCUGGUGACACACACACACACACACACACACACACACACACACACACACACACACACACACACACAAAACGACUUAUACAGUCAGUAUUUCAUCUUUACAUUUUAAGCAUUUACAGCCAGAAGGGCUAAUGCUUUUUUUUCCUUCUUCCCUUGUGUAAAUAAUUGAAGAAAGUACAGAAUUAUUAUGUGGUGCCUCAUAAUCACACAUGUAUCAAUAUGAUAAAAGAUGUAUUGUUUGUAUAAUGAACAACGCUUUAAAAGUUUUUCAUGCGACACCAACCUCUGUCCUUUUCUAAAAGAGCAAGUGUUUACCUCUAUGCUUUGAGCACAUUCAUACGAUCAAAUAAAGAGAUUACUAACUGUCAUUUGAAAAUUGAAAGAGUGCAUGACUGCAUUCUUCAUCACUGUUAAUUCUUGUAUGUACUUUUUUUACUGUUGUGCCACUGUUGUUUUAUUUAUUACACUGUAAGCUGCUGUUGUUGUUCAGGCCCGGGAGCAUCAAUCCACUCAAAGAAUGUGAAAUAAAUGGAAAUUACAUUCACGCUUUAA